AGAGAGAGAGAGAGAGGCACAAACUGGUUUUUAUUCAGUAACAAGCUCAUUGAGGAGCUGACAAACCCUCCAGAGUCUCUGCAGCCAGCCAGUCAGUCAGUCAGUGUGUCGCUCUGUCAACAUUUCUACGGACUGAUUCUUUAAAAAAAAACAACAACACUUUACUGGUUUUUAUUUCCACCACCACCAACACCAGCACCACCACUCUGGACUCUCGGGACUUGACUGUUUAAAUCUACUUUCAUUUGAGUUUCUUCUCCUCUUGUCAGGCUGCACCGGGCUUUUCUCACAGGCUCUGGGUUUUCCUGGUGAUGACCUCACUGCUGUUCCCUGGCAACGCCCACGCUGCGAUGAAGGACCUCUCUUCUUCUUCCUCUCCUCUCACCUCCCUGCUCCACUACCCUUCUUCCAAGACCUCCGUCGUACCUUUCUCUCCGUCCUCCGGUGCCGCCUCCUCGCCUGGGUCAUCCCUGACGUCGGCGCCGCUCUCCAAACCUCAACCUUUCUGCCUCCAGACGGGGCCGCAUCUGAUCGCCAGCAUGCAGCUUCAGAAGCUCAACUCGCACUACCAGAACCUCGCCAGCGCUUCUGCUGGACACCCGACGCCUGGAGCUGCUCAAAGGGGCUUCGGUACCUCGCCUCUGGGUGCCGGAAACCAGAUCCUGGGGCCCUCCGGAGGUCUCGGAGGAGGCGGGAUGGGUGUCGGCAUCAGCAUGGGGAACCAGGGCUCUGGCGCAAGUGGAAUUAUCGACUUCGACCCCGUAGACGAGGAGGUUCUCAUGUCUCUGGUGGUGGAGCUGGGUUUGGACCGAGCCAACGAGCUGCCUGAACUCUGGCUGGGUCAAAAUGAGUUUGACUUCAUGUCGGACGUGCCGGCCGGUUGCUGACCUACAAGAAGAUAAAAGAUACCCAAACGCAGCGGAAUCGAUUGACAAAGAGAGAGAAAACUUUCUCUCCCCUGUUUUGUUUUUCUCUUUCCCUACCUUUCUUGGUUGAUAAGACGAGGAAACGGACGAGACACUGAGUGAUCGAGAGACAGAGAUAUUAGAGGUGUACUCUUGUUUCUCUUUGGCUUUCAUACUCUCUACGGGCAGAGACUCAUCAAAGAAAAAGCUUGCUUUUGUUUUUUUUUUCUUUUUAUAAUGGAGUUGUACUCUUGCGGAAAGAGAGAGCGUGACAUCUUUUGUUUUUCAUUUAAUUCAAUCUGUGCUUUUGUUUUUGCCUCCUUCUGCAUUGAUUUUUAUUUUUUCCUUUCAUUUAAAGAGGAAAAACAGAAGCAUGAGUAUGAAAACAGAAACAAGGAGUCAUUGCUGUUGGACGGUCUCCUCUUCCUUCCAUCACGAAUGAAAACAAGUUCAUUGACAUAUGAAGGGUCAACAAAGACCUCUUGGAAGCAAAGAUGACAAAGACACACCUGUUGGACUUCUCUGUCCUCCGUGCCAUCCUCUCUCGAUCAACUGAGCGCUUAAGGAAAAUGAAAACGGGAUACUUGCCUUUAUUGGAGAUUUGCGAAUGACAAACACUACGUUUCCUGUUUUCUUAAUGGACAAUAUUAGACUGGUCUCACGGGAAAGAGACUCCUGUCUCUUGGCUUCACAAAGAAACUGAUUGUCUGAGAACUGGUUAUCUCAAUGUACUUCUCUUUCUUUCUUUUUCUGUUUGAAUUUAGUUCACCCAGUCGUAUUCAUAGAACAUGUUAUUUAAGACAGUGGCUGAUAUCCAUCAGGACUCUCGGACAAGGAGCGCUUCUAUAAUCGGUUCUACUUUUCUGAACAUAAUGAAUUAGAUCAAGGGAUGUGGAAUCUUUUGGAGCCUUUUAGACCUGAAUGGAGUAAAUUGUGUCUUGCUCUGGAGCAAAGCCUCAUUAAAGCGAUCGAGACCUUUUGGUCAUGUGAGUCGCCACUACAUGUACAGUAGGCUAACAACGUGUUUUGUUUUCUGACCUACAGCGUAAGAAAGACUGACCUGGGUGAUGAAGUCAAACAGGUGUCUGUGAUCUUGGAUCAGCACAGACUGAACAAUCUUUAGCUAGAAUACAAGGUUUUGUUAACACUUGUGGACAUAAACUGAAUGGGAAGAGCAGAUAAACUCACACGCCAUCUGCUUUUUUGUUUUUCCUGUUCUGCCACCUUGAUGUUUGUGUCAAAACACAGUUCUUUCAUCCCCGACAGACCCUAUUAUCACCACACUUCCAUGUUACUGAUAAGGUGGCUUUGUCUCUUUUGUCAUUGUAAGGUUUGUAAGAUACUGUUUGCACACCUUGCAGGGCAACCUUUGACCUGAACACACACUGUGGUUAGUUUUCAGUGUGUCAAGAUGGUGGUUCAGUCCAGCAGUUCAAAUCGGACCAAAGCGGUUGGACGUUAAACCCCACAGACAUGAUCAACUCAUUGACAUUACCACUAACAAGUUAGCAUCAUUAACUACCAGCUUCAGUUCAUUCUUACUGCUUUACUGACCCUUGAAGGCAGAGACGAUAACAACAGCUAGAAAAUGCUAGCUACUAUGACAGCCAUACUAGAGGUCCUCAUGCUCUUGGGUUUGUGGAACAACUUUAAUUUGUUCAACUUCACUCAGCACACCACAGUCAGAAGAGACUGUGGAUUUGUUUUGACAGUGCCCUCUUUCUAGUUAGCUAAUAAUCACCAUCUGCUAUGAUUUUGACCAUUGUAGAAGCUAGCUUUGGCAACAUAUUUGUAGCAAGGUGAAACCCCUUUACAAAAAGGCACAAGAAAAUUAAUGUUUUCAUAUAUUUUGUGUCACACAUUUGAAAUAGAUAAUGAGCAAUCUCCUAAAACUGAAA